GCCCAGAAGCAGAACCUCGCCGCUGAUAACCAGCAGCGAAGUGGUAAGAGGGGUCCCUUUAGAGACCAAGCUCUCCGAGAACAGACCGCCCAAACAAGACGCAUGGGUUCCUGCCUCAGGUGCAGGAUGCAGCGCAUACGAUGCGAGUUUGAUGUUCCAGGUGGGUGUUGCUUGCCCUGCAAAAAGGUGGAGAAUACAAAGGCCGCACGCUUGCCAUGUGUCCGAUACAAGAUCACCGAUAUGGCACUUUAUAAAACGGGCCAAGUUCCAGGAUAUGAGUGGACCCAGAGAUGGACCAAAGGCACCUCUGACCCCAUCCAGCUAUGGGCAUCGUCCGAGAUUAGAACUGUCUACGUUUCCGUGCAUUAUUCAAAAGAGCGGCUCCCACUUCAGGUUCGCAGGUUUGUUCCCCAGGAAGGCGACAAGCUAGAGCGGACAUGGGCCUAUCGAGGCACCAAGAAGUCGGCUCUUAUCCCGCCGUAUGCACUUGUGGAUGUGGAGGCCGGCACAUCAGCGUACACCACCUAUAUCCGAUCGUCUAUGAAAGGCAUUUUUACAUCCAUGCUUGGCAAGGAGGAUGAUCUAUUGUACCAGACCUACCUCUUGGCCUACCAUAUGUGGCAAAAAGAGGAAAGAACGUCAGAGGCAUUCGGGCUACUCAAUUGGACGCUUCGACUGUGGGUAGCCAUCCGCCUGUCAACUACAUCCGCAUUUAUUGUCGGAAAAGAAACGCUAGACAUGCCAGCAAAUAUCCUUGACGAGUCAAGCCCCGAUCACGGAAAAAUUCCACUGCCUCCCGUAAUGGGUGCACAGAUGGACAUGAUCCUGAUACAUCAUAUCCAAAACAAACUUAGGCACGAGCUUUUGGAUAAUCUCCAAAAGGUGAUGCUCAGGAACAAACCAACUAGUUGGCUAGUGACUUAUCUGGUGUCGUUUAUUCUGCUUCAUAAUAUCGCACUCAUCACAAAGCAUGAUGCCAGCUACGCCAUCAAGCAUGGCAUGAAUCGUCGGUUUGCCAGAGAGGAAAAGGUACGAGAAUACCAUAUGGGAGCAAACGUCAUUCUCGCGCACUUUCAUUACUGCAACAAGGGGAGAAUCCCCUUUUCCGAGGAGUGUGAAGACAAAGAUUUGCGAGCACUAGCGCAACUAGAUGAGGAAAAGAUUCUGUUUGUCCGUGCGACUAGGGGAUUCGUCCAGAGACACCAACAAGAGUGGAAGCAAGCUCGGUCUAAUGAAGUAUACGAGGACGACUACUUUUUCGUCAGCCAGCUCUUUGACGAGAAGUGGCAGCCAAGCACUACUAAUGUGUAGCUCUGCUCUGAGAUUUACGUUUCGUUUGUUUAGCACCUUAAUACCCCAAAAGGAAUAGAGAAAGGCAAGGAGGAAAAGAGAGAGAAUUUGGGUCAUCCGGGUCAUUCUUCCUAGUACCUAGUCAAGUGGCACCUGUUGAAGCGGUGAGAUGAUGGUGGUACUAGAAAGCCUGGCUGCAGAACAUCAUGCAGGUCCCCAAAGGCAGUGAUUGGGUCCAGUCAAUGGAGUGUUAGCAAGUUAUCUACCGUUUUGGCAGUAUACCCCCUGUAUGGCAGGAAUUAGCGCGAGAUGUAUCGUGAUCUGAUGGAUCUGAUGCACAGAUGGCUUGCAGGCUGCGUUGACUAUGAAUUAUGAUUACGAGCAAUGGCAUUAAACGCAGUGUUGUGAUUGCUUCUCCAGCAGCUAUAGCAGUAUUUCAUUGGUAGAAGGACGCACUCUAGUCUAAUAUCAUCGUAUUUAUCGAGCCUUCUCU